AUGGAGGGCGACGUAUCCUCUCAAGAUCCUCGGGAAUUCUUUGCUCUUACGACCACCAGCACAACAACAAUCCGUUCAUGGCGUGCUACCGUUAUGAAUCUCAACGAAACCGGGCGUCCAUCAACACCAUCUCCUAGCUCCAAUGUUGAUGUACCAGAAUGCGUCUUAGUUGUACCAAAAUCUUGCUAUGAAGACUUUCCGCCUCCUGAAGACAUGCCCAUUUUGUCAGAGCGGAAGGCCAUUCAAGCUCUGUCUCUAAUCACGGCGGAACGCGGUCAAAGUUUCUCUGAGAUACAGUUGGACGAGUUUGCGAUAUACAUCGAUAGGGACAAAUUCCCAGAAGAGAUGCGAUCUUUGCAUCAACUACAUACCAAAAUAGGACACAGCAGUUUCUAUUUUGACGGCAUUAUCAGCAUUGGCCAUACCAAAUUUUAUGUGCGCCGUGUCCCUGUAGCUGCUGUUCCCAUUGGCAACUACAACUCAAUUUCAAAACAUACCGUGCGAGACAAUAUCUGGCUUCAAUCACCUUUGAGUCAUAAAAUGUCGCUAUUUUACAAACUGGGGAAGCCAGCCAAGGAGUAUGCAAGAUUCUUCUACCCCUUUCUAUGGGUAGCCGAUUUGGCAAAGCAUUUUGUAGACUUUCUCUGCAUAAUGGAGGAAAACAAACGCAGCGUCUCCAUUCAUCAUUUUCGAUCGACCUUUGCCGCAUGGUUGAAGGAGAGCCACGGGAGAUCGCCAGAUUUUACUGAGUGGCUUAAUCAAUACCCGAGCGAUGACUACCGAACUUCAAUAGCCGCCAACAUAGGAUUCCUCCACAAAGAGACUUUGGGCGUGUUAGAUCAUCACAAGGCUUACUCUCAUGCCAUUUGGGCCGAGAUUUGGGAAUUUCAGGCGUUCAAGAGGAGUCCUCCGAAGAUCGAGAUUGCGAAUCCCCCAACUAUUGUCACGCAAUAUAUUUACGACUGUUUCAAGCACCUUGCAUUUGGAGAUCGCCUUCAAGUUGUUCCUUUAAGCUUAAAGACCAAGACGCUCCGAAAUGGCUUAAUUCGACAAAGGCAUUUGGAGUUUCCGUCAAAACUUCACCAGUCGACCAAACCACUCUCUACAGCUGCAAAGGCCCGCAUUGCGAAUAUUCGGCCAGGCGAUACAAUAUCAACUCAUCGCGAUGACGCUGCAUCCGGCACAUUGUGGAAACGAGAGCUAUCUGAAGGUUUCGCUGAUGUAGACCGAUGGUUUGCACUAGUACAAUCUGUUCAUGUAAACAAGAAAGGGAUGCGAACGUUUGAUGUGAUUUGGUACUACCAACCCGUGGACACUCUUUGUGGUCUGAUGAAGUACCCGUGGAAAAAUGAGCUCUUUCUCUCGGAUCACUGUUCUUGCGCCGAGACGUCAAAGAUUGACGAAAGCGAAGUACUCGGCGUUCAUGAUGUGGAUUUCUGGGGUACAUCUACCACAACUGCGGAACUCUUCUGUCGACAAACAUAUCUCCAAGAAAGCAGAAGGUGGGUGACUCUAGACGAAACUCAUCUUCAAUGCUGUCAUACCUCGCCGUUCCCGUUGGAAAGCCAUUCGUUGAAGGUUAAAUCGGGAAAUACAUAUCUGCUUCAUUUGGACUUGGAGAGUUCCUUUUCGGAACCUUGUGAGUUCAUAAGCUCUGUUGGAGCAGGUGGACGCAGAGUUUAUCAAUUCAGGAGACUGUUGCGCCGGCAUCAAGUUGACCCAAAUGCUCGGGAUGCUCGGCCAAACGAGCUUAUAUACAGCGAGCAAACUUGCAAGGUCAGCAGAGAUCAAAUCCUGGGCCCAUGUUCUGUAAGGUUCUUUCGAGAUGGCGAUAAGAUUCCUACGCCGUAUGACCAUGACGGCACGGGAAAUCUCUUUUAUAUCACGCACCAUCAAAUCACCGCUGACGGAGUCUGCAUACCGCUAAAGGAAUCUCCAAUUUCCCUACAUCAAGGCUUUGAUCCACUCCAAGAGUUGCAAAAGCUUCGUGGACUCGAUCUGUUCUGUGGAGGGGGCAAUUUUGGCAGAGGCCUUGAAGACGGCGGAGGUAUCGAGAUGAAAUGGGCAAACGAUUAUGACGCCAAAGCCAUACAUACGUACAUGGCCAAUGUCAAGAAGCCUGAGAACGUUCACCCUUUCCUCGGCUCAAUUGAUGACUUACAGCUCUCUGCUAUCCAGGGCCAGUUUGCAGAUAAUGUGCCUCGUAUUGGAGACGUUGACUUUGUGUCGGGCGGCAGCCCCUGUCCUGGCUUCUCUCGUUUAACCAACGACAAGACUACGGCAGCACAGCGGAAGAAUCAGUCUCUUGUUGCGGCCUUUGCAUCAUUUGUGGAUCUUUAUCGGCCAAAAUACGGCGUCCUGGAGAAUGUACUGGGGAUGAUACACAAGAAGGAGAGCCGAGAUCAAGAUGUCUUCAGCCAGCUCAUUUGCUCCUUAGUUGGCCUGGGCUACCAGACGCAGUUUUUCUUUUUGGAUGCAUCAUCCUGCGGGUCUCCGCAACCCAGACCUCGCAUAUUUGUUGUCUUUGCCGCUCCAGGGCUUGAACUGCCAAGAAAGCCAGUGCAAACACAUUCCCAUCCCCCCAAAACUCGGGCGAUUGGAAUUGGAUGGUUGCCCAAUGGCCAGCACAUGGCAACUCGAGAGAUGCCUGCAGCUACUCCAUUCAAGUACAUCUCAGCAGAAGAAGCGACGGCCGACUUGCCACCCAUUCACGAUGCCAAGCCUGAUAUAUGUAUUUCCUAUCCUGAUCACCGCUCGACCUCCAGUCUAACGAAGAUGAUGCGGGCUCGAAUCUCGGUCAUCCCAGUGCGGCCGUGGGGUAUGAGUUUUGCGCAAGCUUGGUACGGGGAGGACAAAGCAAAGGCCGGCUCGGGCACGAUGACUGCCGCUGAGCGCGAGCUGUUUUCUGGGACGAGUGAUGAGACAGACAUAUCAAAGCAGCCAUUGUCGAUGCAGCCCCAGUCAACUGCAUACGGAAGAAUGUUUCCAAAUAGGCUGUUUAACACGGUCACGACCAGACCGACGACGAACGAUGCAAAGAACGGGCGACUAUUACAUUGGCGAGAAAACAGACUUAUAAGCGUCAUGGAGGCACGCAGAGCGCAGGGUUUCCGCGAUGAAGACGUUCUACUCGGCGAUCCAUUGGUGCAGUAUAGAAUCGUCGGCAACAGUGUUGCAAGGCAAGUUGCCGUUGCGCUUGGUGUAAAGUUUCGCGAAGCCCGAGGUGCUGAAGUUGAUGACUUUACAGAGGAUCGGGUCACUUUCGAGACUAUUGCGAUAAAUGAUAGAAAGGGCACAUCGGCAAAACAGUUCAAGGCCUUGACGAUUAGAACACAGAGCACUAGGGGCUUGACAUCGUCGAUAAGUAGAGAUGAGAUGCGAGCAAGCGGCAGAAGGGUAUCUACACAGGUCCAAGAGACGCCUGCGAGGAAUAAACGUUCACGUUCGACUAGCUUAGUUGUGGAGAUACCCCAGUUUUCGAAAAGAAGAAAGCUGAAUACGAUCUGA